UACGCCGCUGCUGCACCGACUGAAAGUUUUACUUAUGCGUGGGCAUUGGGGUGCGUUGAGUUGCCCGAUGGACGUCCUGUGGUCGGGGUGAUAAAUAUUGGCCCGGGUUCAGUCACCUAUUCGGAGUUCAGUGUUCGUAUCGCGGCGCAUGAGAUCGCGCACACACUUGGGUUUGAGGUGGAAGUUUUUGAGGCCAGGAAUAUGACACGGACGAUACCUGAGGUUCGUGGAAAAGAAAACGUGCUUGUGGUGUCUUCACCCAAGACGCUGGAAAAGACUCGUGCGCACUUCAACUGCACAAGUGCCCCUGGAAUGGAGCUGGAGGAUGAGGGUGGGGGCACAACGCCAUCAUCGCAUUGGAAGAGACGCAACGCAAAGGACGAGCUGAUGGCUGGACUUCCCGGUGCCGGCUACUACACGGCGCUGACGAUGGCUGCUUUUGAGGACAUGGGCUUUUACAGGGCGCAGUGGAACAUGGCGGAACAGAUGCCAUGGGGCAGCAACUCCGGCUGCGAACUGCUGACGGAGAAGUGCCUGACUAAUGGCACCACCCGGUACCCGGAAAUGUUUUGCGGAGCCAGAAGAGAACUUAUGAAAUGCACAUCGGAUCGUUUGGCACUGGGGAUCUGUAAGAUUACUACCUACCCAGACCCCCUUCCCUCACAGUUUCAGUACUUCACGGAUCCCAGACGCGGCGGGCUCCUUGACGACCUAAUGGACUACUGCCCCUUCAUUAGAGAAUAUGAAGACACGCAGUGCUUCGAUGGUGAUGUACGUGUUAUGCGUGGAUGCCGCAUUGGCCCAAGCUCAAGGUGCUUAAAAUCGGAUGGGCUGCGUGAUUCUGUUGGUCUCAUUGGGGACGUCUGUGCUGAGGUGGCGUGCGACGACGACGGCGACGUGCUUGUGCGGUAUCUUGGGAAUGACGCCUGGCAUUUAUGCCCAGAGGGCAGCAGUAUCACACCAACUGGGCCGGUGUUCGUGGGCGGGAACAUUGUGUGCCCGAGUCGCAUUGAAGUGUGCUAUAUCCACUAG